CUACAAGAGGGAAAAGCUGUUUUUGCAUCUGCAAAAGAAAUCAAGCCUGAAUCCAACAAAUACUUCAAAAAUUGCAGAAAUAUAAUAGCUUAAUUAUAAAAAUCAAAACUUUAUGUCGUGAUCUGAAGUUCAGAUUCUGAACCCAUAUCCAUUACUCGUCCGUCUACAAAUAUUUAACAAUGCAAACGUUAAAACGGCUAUCGAUCGUGUCAGACUUGUUUGGUUUAAGUAAAAACUUUAAAGAUAUUCGAAGUGUACGACUGUAUUUUGGAUCUGAAAUACACCCAAGGCCAUAUUCGUCCACGCAGGCAACUAUUAUUGACGAUAAAACUAACGAAACCGCUGUAAUUCAAGAUGAUGAGCCACCGAAAGAAGCAGCACUCAUAAUUGGGCGUCAACUAGACUUUUUCAACCCCGAUUUACGCCUUGCCCGUCAAGCGUGGGUGGAGAACCUUGACACUGUGGAAGAGAGAAAGUUGGGUCUAGUGGAUUUGCACCCAAGCAUUUUUGGAGCCUUUCCGAGGACGGAAAUCAUAAGUGAUAAUGUCGUUUGGCAAAAUCUGUACAAACAUGUGAACUGGAACAAGAUGGAAACUCGAGGGGAAAGACGUGGUGGAGGUCGGAAACCUUGGCCGCAAAAAGGUUUAGGAAAAGCAAGACAUGGAUCGAUUCGAAGUCCGCUUUGGAUAGAAGGUGGCAAAGCCCAUGGGCCGAGGGGACCCAAAACACACUUUUACAUGCUUCCAUUUUACAAACGUGUUCAUGGACUUUGUGCUACAUUAUCAGUCAAAUUAGCUCAAGACGACUUGAAAAUAGUGGACACGCUAGAUAUACCUUCAGAGGAUCCGAAAUUCUUGGAACAGUUGGUAGAAGCUAGAAAAUGGGGUAUAUCCGUAUUAUUUGUUGACGACUCGGAUAUUAUGCCCCGAAAUAUAGCUUUGGCGACAGACUCAAUCCAUCACAUUAACUUGAUGCCACUGUAUGGAUUGAAUGUUUACUCAAUGUUGAAACAUGAAACGCUGGUCUUAACUUUAGCAGCCGUUAACAAGCUAGAGGAAAAAUUAUUAUUUCAUUUAAACCGAAAUGACUCAAUGACGCCCGCUAGACGUUAUCAAAAUGCACAUGUCUAAAAUAAUUUUUCGUAGUCAAGUCGGUUCAAUUGCAUUUAUAGUCAAUUUGUCAUUUAUUUAGGUUUCACUUUGAAUUCACAACUAUUUGUAUAGUUAUUGUUAACUUUUAGCAUUGUUAAUCUAAACAUGUAGCACCUUUCACAGUUUAUCAUAAAUUAUUAUGAGUUUGUACUUAGUUGUUAAGUUAAUGAAACAGAGAGGAUUUGGGAAUAAUAAUUUUUGACAAAAGUUUUGAUAGA